UUCAAAAUGCAAUUUGACCAAACAGCACCUGCUGGUGCACACUGCCGCUGAGAGGCUACGUAGACGAGGUCAUAGUGGCAGUAGCGAUCACCCAGCUGCAUGCGAUUGUAGUGUAGCUGAUGGCGACAUUGACUGCAGUGAUUUUGUUGCGGGGCUUGAGGAUGUCAUCGAUGGCGACGGUGCCAUGGAUUACGAUGAGUCUACUUUUGAUAAAGGCGGUGUCGCUGGAGGUGGUUACCUGCUUGGUCUAAUCGCAUUUGCACGUAAAUUUGCGCGAAUUAUCAUAACAAUUUCCAUGCUCUUCUGUAUUAUAUUCCUCUCGUUUUAUUGCUGCUCAGAGUCGAGGACAACAAUUACUGCUUUAGCGCCACCACUCACACCUCCACAAACAACUAUUGAACUACAUAUGAGGGCACAAGCGCAGGCACAUAGAAAUUGGCCAAUGAAUUAAUGGCAAUGAACGAGCUAACAAUAUUUUACCCCAAUAAUAUAUUACUUAUAUAAAUGCACUAACUAAACAAAUAAUGCGGCAACAAAAAAUAUACAUAGGUUUGUAUAUGAAUAUCAUGAAAAAUUUGUAUAAAUGGCGAUAAAUUGUAGUCAUUGUGUGAUUAUAUAAAUAAUACAUCUGCAUAAUUGUGAGAAAGAGAAAUAAUGAUAAAACACCAUAAAGGGCCAAUUGCAUUUCAAUAUAAAGUGGAGCAAAUCAUGCACAAACAAAUAUUUUCAAAUAUUCAAUAUUCAAAUUUGUAAAAUCUUUUAGGUUAUGUUAUGUCUCAAGACAAUAGGUUAUUAAUUAAUAGUUUAAACUUGUGUUUAGUAUAAUUGUGUACAUUUAUAACUUCAAGUAUAUACGUAUAUGUAUCAAAGGGAUUUCGAUUUUAAAUUUAUUAAUUAAAAGAAUCACAAUAUAUUGACAGCUAGACUUACAUUAAAGUUAUGAAUAAAUGCCAUACUUUAUAACUCUUGAAAUAAAACAUUUUACUGAACAUUAAAUUUUUUAGACUUACAUUAAAGUUAUGAAUAAAUACCAUACUUUAUAACUCUUGAAAUAAAACAUUUUACUGAACA